AACUCAAUUGCCGUGGUCCCAUUUAUUUAGCCCAAAAAGUACAAAUUCCUAUAAUAUUAAACCUCGGGCUUCUCCCCAAAUCCGGUCGCCGUCUACGGUGGCCCUCAGCUCACCCCCACCGUUAAUUAAUGUAAUGUCAUUAAAAUAGAAACCAUCCAAAUAACGUAAAACUAUCGUCACUUUACUCCUAUUGUGACAUUAAACACCAUUAGUAUAUUUUUGUUUUACUUUUUUUUCUCUCUUUCUUGCCGUUUGUCACCAACUCUAUUUCUCUCUGUUUCUAUAUUGUUUUGCUGUCACUUCCACACAACAGCAGCAAAGUCCACCGAAAAACAAAACAAGUUUCAGCUUCUGAAAAAAUUUCCAUUGUCAUGGGUUUGCUAAUGAAUGUGGUAGCAAUAGCCCUAGCUGCUGGCCACAAAACAAAGAGACCCUUUGGUGUAGAUGAUCAAGACAUUGAAUUUGGGAACCCCUGGUGGUUUGUUUACGCCGGUGUUUCUUGUUUCCUCGUACUCUUCGCCGGAAUUAUGUCCGGUCUUACGUUGGGGUUAAUGUCUAUGGGACUUGUUGAGCUUGAAAUUCUUCAACGAAGUGGUACUUCUACUGAGAAGAAACAAGCAGCUACUAUUUUUCCUGUUGUUCAAAAGCAGCAUCAGCUUCUUGUGACUUUGCUUUUAUGUAAUGCGGCUGCAAUGGAGGCUCUUCCAAUAUACUUGGACAAAAUUUUCCAUCCAGUUGUUGCUGUUAUUCUCUCUGUUACUUUUGUUUUAGCUUUUGGUGAGAUUAUUCCACAAGCUAUAUGCUCUCGGUAUGGGCUGGCAGUAGGUGCAAACUUAGUGUGGCUUGUUCGUGUUCUUAUGAUCAUUUGCUAUCCCAUUGCUUACCCAAUUGGAAAGGUUCUGGACGCUGUAUUGGGACAUCAUGAUGCUUUGUUCAGGCGAGCUCAGUUGAAAGCCCUUGUUUCUAUCCACGGUCAGGAGGCUGGUAAAGGUGGCGAACUCACGCAUGAUGAAACUACUAUUAUUAGCGGAGCACUGGAUUUGACAGAAAAGACUGCUGAAGAGGCUAUGACGCCUAUUGAAUCAACCUUUUCCCUUGAUGUCAAUUCAAAGUUGGACUGGGAAGCAAUUGGGAAAAUCCUGGCACGAGGUCAUAGCCGUGUUCCUGUUUACUCUGGACAUCCGAAGAACAUUAUUGGACUUCUACUGGUAAAAAGCCUUCUCACGGUGCGCGCUGAGACAGAGACCCCCGUUAGUGCUGUUUCCAUCAGGAGAAUGCCUAGGGUACCAGCAGAUUUGCCUUUGUAUGAUAUUCUCAAUGAGUUUCAAAAGGGGAGCAGUCAUAUGGCAGCUGUAGUGAAAGUAAGCAAGAAAAGCUACAACCUUUCUUCUGAUCCAGCUGUUGAAAAUGGCAGAGGAAACAAAUUUUGUAAUGGGGACUCACAGUUAACUACACCAUUACUGUGCACGCAUGAUGAAAAAUCAGGCACCAUAAUUAUAAAUGUUGAUAAGGUCUCAAUGCAGAAUCAAGAAGCUAAAUUACACUCUUUGCAUCAAAAUGGUGUAGCAACGAAUAAAUCAACAUAUCUACCAGAAGAUAUUGAAGAGGGGGAAGUCAUUGGCAUCAUUACGCUGGAAGAUGUUUUUGAAGAACUCCUUCAGGAGGAAAUCGUGGAUGAGACUGACGUCUAUGUUGAUGUUCACAAAAGAAUACGUGUAGCUGCUGCAGCUGCUGCUUCAUCCGUUGCUCGAGCACCGCCUGCUAGGAAAGCGACAGGUCAAAAGGCUUCGGGAGGGCAAGCAAAGCAAGGACGGACGCAAAAGAAGUCAGUUGAGGGAUGAUUCCACGAAGAUAAUGGGGAGAGGCCUUUCUCUAGCACUAACAUGUGGUUUACCAAGCGUAAACCGAACCAUGCAGCUGUAGUCUGUAUAAAAAAUUUUGUAGUCAUUUUCAAUUAAUCAGGCAAUGUAAAUUGUUGCAGUUUACACUAUUUGAUACUCUUGUUUUCUUCAGCAGAGAUAUAAGUUGUGCC